AUGAGCAAAAAAAUACAGACCGCCGUCAUCUGUGCCCUGCUCGCAGGCAGGAAAUUCGUCUUUGAUGAUCCAGACACCAUCAUGGACAUAUACGGCCUCGGUCCACAAAUGUUUAACGUAGAAAACCCCCACCUCACGCCAGACGAACUGGCAUCCGUCCAAGCUAUGAUGUCGGACGUGGAAAAAGCGCGUAGCCUCAAGGAGAGGUAUAGCAUAUUAGAGGGCACAAAAGAAACAGCGUACGCCGCCGGACGCGCAGCCCUCAACAUAUGGUGCAAGCGGCAAAUGAUCCACAACAAGAUGGGCGUGAGGAUCGACGCGGCAUGGCACAGACUGGAACUCACACCUGUGCAGCUCAUUAACGAGUCCCCCACAGCUGGGUUCCCGGACGUACGUGAUGCCGACCCGGCGAAGGAAGACAUCGCGCUCGCCCUCUUCGGUGAUUGCGCGCUCUCUACAACGUUGCGGGGCGACUUUCGUGACGCCCUGACGCCGAUCAUUCACCAUAAUUGGGAGCGUCACCGGAAGGUGUUUAAAAGGGUAGAAAGGUCGUAUGCUAAGAGCCAAACGGACGCGAAGGACGCUUGCCAAGAGAUCGAGAACGCGGAGAAGGUCACGUCAGACAUGCUGCGCAAGGCGACGGCAGCCGUGAAGAAGCUCGGCGACGCGCUUCAGUGGCUUCCACACGAAGUCGAAGCAAUACAUGGUAUCGCCGAGCUCGAGGAAUUUUUAAAACAGGUCGUCGUGACCGCCGUGGCCAAGGCCAAAGGCAUACCAAAGGAAAAGUUGGCGCCGGACAUCGCUGACCCCAAGGACACGCCAGGAGUCUGCGAAUUGUCGUCAGCGAAGCGGGGGCGCGCCCGUGCUAGCAAGAUCAAAAAUGUGUCUUUGAGCGCGGCCGGUGACGUCGACACUAUUUGGCCGGUAUACGUUCAGCUAUUCCGUACGAUCCCGACCGAACCAGACCCUCCAGCCAUCGAAUUCGAAGGAGCGGAAGAUGAUUCCGUCUGGGGCGACUCAAAUGACCUCGGCGUCGAAUCAUUUCGAAACUGCAACGACGCCGCACUCAACACUCAACUGCGGUUUCCUGAUGGGCGACCUCCGCUAUUUGCAGAGUUCCGCUCAAUUAGCAGAAAGUGUGCCUGGGAUGACGGAGCCGCGGACGAAUUUGUCAAGGACAACCCGGACAUGCUCCCCCUCAGCCUUCUCUGGCACCAGCGUGUCGGCAUCGCCUCAAUCAUUGAGAAGAUGUGGUUGGACCACGAAGAGCCCGAUGGGGUUCCUGGCAUGCUCAUUGCUGAUGAGGUCGGCGUUGGAAAGACGGCCUUGGUGAUGGGCACCAUCGCCUUCAUGAUGGACACAUACUGGCGAGAGCAAUAUGAAUUAAAAGAGGGUCAAUCAGCGGGUCAAUCAGCGGGUCAACGGCCACCCGAGGUACCCCCCCCGGCUCCCAUCAUUUCGACACGUCCGUACUUCGCUGGCCAGAAAUCCAUGCCGAACCUUCCGCACAUAAUCAUCGUGCCGAAUUCCUUGCUCGGACAAUGGGGAUCUGAGCUCCGUACAUUUUUCGCACCGAAAACAAUCGAGAUUUAUGUGUAUCCGACGGCCGAAAAGGAUUUUGCUGGCUUCUGGACGGGACCUUGGGCAAAGUCGGCUAUGCCCCUCAUCAAUCGAAUCAUUCUCGUCACACAUUCGGUCUUCACUACCCAGGGCAAAGCGUUCGACAUUCGGAAGGGCAAAGCCGGUCACAACAGCAAAAAAGCUUCGGAUGAAAAGCGGCACGUCAAGAACAAUAAGUUGGAGCAUACCUGCAUCUGGCACAAGAGAAGGUUCGGCCUCUGUGCCGUCGACGAAGGUCAUGAAUGGAGAAAUCAAACCGGCGGGUGGUAUGCCGUCCACGCGGUAUUGGACGUGGCCUUCCUGCGGUUGAUCACCACCGCCACGCCGUUGUUCACCGGCCCAAAGGAUCUCUGCAAUAUCGGGCGGCUGCUUCGCAUCCCAGGUUUAAUGGGAUUCGCCGCCGACGAUCGGGAGGCGAUGCACUGGAAGAAAUUGCUUGCCGCGCGCCGCGUCAUGACCCAAGACGACAAGGAGGUCGCAGCGUCUCACACCGUCAAGCGACUGGCCGGCUCCAAGAGCCAGCUUGAUGAGCCGAUAUCCAAGAUUCGUGUGCGGCAGCUGACCAGCAACUGGAUCGCUCAAAUCAGGAAAGCCUUCGCUGGACGCGUCAUUCGACGCACGGUCGAUUCUCGGCGGUUCGACGGCACGAAGAUCAACGACAGCUUGCCCCCGUACAAGAUGAUGAUCGUUCCCGUGAGCAUGGACGCUGCUGAGCUCGCAGUCCUCGAGAGCGGUAUGAAAUCUUUGGCCAGCAAGGGCAAGUUGGGCGAGCUCGAUGAUCCCAACGUAUUCAACUCGACCUUUUAUCUGGAAAGUCGCACAAAGGUCGCCUUCCCAUAUCAUGAUUCGCCCAUCUAUCCGGCCGUUCGCACUUUGGACCAGUACUACGAAAAGCGCUCAACAAAGGUGGAGACUCUUAUGACAAUUCUCAGAUGGCAUCUCAGUUCGGACGCCAACGGCGUCUACCGUGAUCUCGACAAGAAGCUCACGGAUGAGGAACAACAGCAACUAGACGAAGAGUAUGACCCAGCCACGGACCUGGAUGUUGUCGGCCAUCAUGCCCUCGAUACCCACCUCCCAGACCUCAUGAAAAUGGGCAAGCGAAAGAUCUUGGUUUUCAUGGAGUUCCCAAUGAUGGCGCCAUUGCUAAUUUCGGCACUCGCUCUCAGCGGCUCGAACACCAUUGACGAGCGGAAUGACAUUAUACACAAGUUCAACACCGUGCCAGAGCACCGCGUUCUGCUGUUUUCGACCGUCGGCGCCGUGGGCCUGAAUCUCACGGUGGCGACCGUCGUCAUUCUCUUCGAUCAGUGUUGGUCGCGAAUGCUCGUCAAUCAAAUCAUCGGUCGGGCGUGGCGUCUUGGCCAAGUGGAAACGGUGCUGGUAUACAAUAUGGUAGCGCUCGGCACGGUCGACGUGCUUAUGGUCGACCACGGCGAAGGCAAAGGCAAAAUGCUUGGCCAAUUCUUGGACAAAAAUCAAGCCGUCGUCCACACCAUUCAGCGCGCCCUUACAGGGCAGAGGAUCAGAGGCGAUGAGGGCUAUGACGAGAACGAUGACGAUGACGAUGAGGAAGACGAGGACGAGAUCACACUCUUAGAUGGUCCGCCUCGUACAUCCCGUACCUCUGCGUCGGCCGCAACCUCCGCCGCCGGUUCUUCACGCAACUCUACGUCCGCGGCAUCUCGACAGUCUGCCACUUCUACUUCAGAUAAAAGUAAGCCCAAGAACAAGGUCGCCCGGACCUACGGUGGCAAGCAGCAGGCUCGGAACAUCGAGCGGACCGGUGACGACAACGGCGAUUUCAUCGACCGUUCGACCAUCGAGAUUAGUGAAGACGAUGAAGACGGCGCGCCUUCCAAAAGCCAGAGGAAGUUUACUGGGAAGGGCAAGGGCAAGCAGGUGAUUGUGUUGAUCCCGCCGCCGCCAACACGCGAGGUAAAUCAACCGGCAACCGCAAGGGUCAAGGCCGAAGCCAGGGCAAAAGUCAAAGGCAGACGUCGGUUCCAGGACCAGUCACCUGUCGGUACCCAGAAGGAGCCUGACAUGGACAUCACCGGGUCCCAGGAGGAGCCGUCCAUUCCUCCUGUCGACAAUGCAAUCCCGCCCGUCAGUUCUACCAACAAUGCCAUGCCGGAUCCACGCCCAUCGUCUCCAACCCCGGCUUCAUCUUCCAUGCCAGAGCAGACAGACGUCGAUCCGGACAGCCGCAUGCAAGUCGAUGAGUCCGCUCGACCGGAGUCGGCCGUGGACCUGCCACAGGUCAACGAUCAGUUCGCCUUGGAUGCACCCGGCGGCACCCAGACUUCUAUGCAGGAUAGCAUGGAUGUCGAAGACAUGUUGGGUGAUCGGGGCAUGGCUAACCUCAGGUUGACGCCUGGCGACGAUGAUGGUGAGGAGAGCGAUGAGUACCCACCAUGGAACGGUCUGGCCGGUGAUCAGCACUCUGGCGAGGAGCGAGAUUCGGAGAACCUCGACUACCCGCCACCCUGGGGUGGUCUUUCCAGACCUGAGCACUCCGGCGGACAGAAACGCCGUCGGGACACCGUCUCGACCAUGUCUGUGGCGUCUCCUAAGUCCGGACCUUUGAAAAGUCCUCCUCGUGUUCGACCUCCACGCAAGAAAGUCUUAGUUGGUGAGCAACACUCAGGAGUCGGCGGUUCAUCAUCUCCGCGAUCUAUAUCUGAGGGUGCUAGUACAAACCUGACGUUGAAUGGUCCCGUCACCGUGCCAGCGAGUUUCGGCCGGUGA